AUGGCCGCUUCACCGCCGCUCCGUCACGUCGCCAUGCUCCCCUUCAUGGCAAAAGGCCACGCCAUGCCGCUGCUCCACCUGGCUCGCCUCCUGCUCGGCCGCCGCCUCGCCUCCGCCGUCACCUUCUUCACCACCCCGCGCAACGCGCCCUUCAUCCGCGCGGGGCUCGCCGGCGCCGGCGCCGGCGCCGCGGUCAUCGAGCUUCCGUUCCCCUCCGAGGACGCCCCGCAGUGCACGGACGAGCUCCCGUCCACGACGCAUCUCGUCGACUUCGUCUCCGCGAUGGCUGCGCUCGGGCCGGCGUUCGCGGAUGCCCUGGCCGUGGUCGAGCCCAGGCCGGACCUGCUCGUCCACGACGGGUUCAUCGUGUGGGCCAAGGACAUCGCCGACGAGCUCGGCAUGCCGCGGCUCGUCACCCUCGGCAUCGGCGGCUUCUCCUCGUACGUCUGCGGGGCGGUCAUGACGCACAAGCCGCAGGCGCUCGUGAGCUCGCCGACCGAGCCGUUCCCGGUCCCUGGCCUGCCGGACCUCCGCAUCACCAUAGCCGACCUCGGCCCGCCUUUCGACGUCCCGGAGCCGGCCGGCCCGCACUGGGACUUCGUGUGCGAGAGCUGCAGCAGCAUGUACUCCAGCAGGGGCAUCAUCGCCAACUCCUUCAGCGAGCUCGAGUCGGUCUACAUCGACCUGUGGAACCGGGACUUCGACAUCAAGACGUGGCCGAUCGGACCGCUCUGUCUUGCGGCUUCCGAACCGGCAGUCCAGAGUAAAGACGACCGUGACAUCUCGGACUGGCUGGACUCGAGGCUCGCCAUGGACCGGCCGGUCCUCUACGUCGCGUUCGGCUCGCAGGCCGACCUGAGCCGGGCUCAGCUGGAAGAGAUCGCCGUCGGCUUGGACCACUCCGGCGUAGACUUCCUAUGGGUGGUCCGGUCGAAGUGGUUCAGCAGUGAGGAUCGGUUCAAUGACAGGUUCGGGGAUAGGGGCAAGGUGGUCGAAGGUUUCAUCAACCAGCUCGGAGUGCUAGGUCACAAGUCAGUCAAAGGAUUUUUCACCCAUUGCGGGUGGAACUCGGUGCUGGAGAGCAUCACCAUGGGCGUGCCAAUACUGGCGUUCCCAAUGGCGGCCGAGCAGAAGCUCAACGCGAAAUUCGUCGUGGACGUGAUCCACAUGGGGCUCCGAGUUUGGCCAAAGGAAGACGCGGGCAAGGAAAGUGAUGGAUUGGUUGUGAGUGGAGACGUGCAGGCGUUGGCAAGGGAGUUGAUCUUCGGAGAGGAAGGGCGACGUGCCGCGGCUAGAGCUAGUGAGCUCUCUGUGUCUUCUAGAAAGACCAUGGAAGUGGGCGGUUCCUCGUAUGAAAACCUGGCAAAGAUGGUCCAGGAGGUCAGUGAGACCAAUGCCAAUGGUGGUUAA